UCGUGUCCUCUUCUUUGCCACUUCUUCUUCUUUCUCAUACUUGGCAUAGCAGAAGGAUCAAUUCACUAUGAUCUUUGUAUUUGUUCAGGGUUAGGGUUUAAUUCAAUAAUAACCCAUUUAUCAUUUCUGUUGUAAAAUGGCGGCAUCGUGUUUUUCUGCAUCAGCUUCACUUGAACUCUCUUUUCUCCGUCCGGAAACCGCUGCCAACAAACUUCGCUUCUCAAUUUCUAGACGUAAUGCUCUUCGUAAAUUGAAUCUUGGAGCUCGAAUUCGAGCAUUGAAGAGGGAAGAAGUCGUUAUAGUUGAAAAGGAAGAUGGGAAAAUUGAUUUGGGUGGUAAUGGGAGUUAUAAGUAUGUUAAUGGGAAGAAUUCGAACGGCAGUGUUGCUGGUGAGAAUGAGAGUCUUAUCAAGUAUGUUAAUGGUAAUGGUAAUGGUAAUGGAGGAAUUGGGAUGAAAAUUGGGGAAGAGGUUGAGGCGAAGAGGGUUGAGAAGAAGAAGAAGACAAUUGAGGAGAUUGGUCAAGAAGAUGCCUGGUUUAAGCGGAGCGGAGAUGGUAACCUGGGCAAGGUCGAGGUAUCUGUUGCUCCUGGUGGACGGUGGAGUAGAUUCAAAACUUAUUCAACAAUUCAAAGGACUUGUGAGAUAUGGGGUUUUGUUAUAACUUUUCUAUUUAAAGCCUGGUUAAACAAUCAGAAAUUCUCAUAUCGUGGAGGAAUGACGGAGCAGAAGAAAGUUCAAAGGCGGAAGAUUCUAGCCAAGUGGUUGAAGGAGAGUAUUUUAAGAUUAGGUCCUACAUUCAUAAAAAUUGGCCAGCAGUUCUCGACAAGAGUGGACAUUCUUGCCCAAGAAUAUGUUGAUCAGUUAUCAGAACUUCAGGAUCAAGUUCCUCCUUUCCCGUCAGAGACUGCCGUUUCUAUUAUUGAAGAAGAGCUUGGAGCACCUGUGAAUGAAGUAUUUGAUUACUUUGCUUUUGAGCCAAUUGCUGCUGCCAGUCUUGGUCAAGUACAUCGAGCAAGAUUGAAGGGUCAAGAAUUGGUUAUUAAAGUACAAAGACCGGGUCUCAAGGGUCUUUUUGAUAUUGAUCUUAAAAAUCUGAGGGUGAUAGCACAAAAUCUUCAGAAAAUUGACCCCAAGUCUGAUGGUGCAAAAAGGGAUUGGGUUGCUAUCUAUGAUGAGUGUGCUAAUGUCUUGUACCAGGAGAUUGAUUAUACAAAAGAAGCUGCAAAUGCAGAGUUGUUUGCAAGUAAUUUCAAAGAUCUAGAUUAUGUAAAAGUCCCCAGGAUAUAUUGGGAAUACACCACCCCACAGGUUCUUACGAUGGAGUAUGUCCCAGGAAUCAAGAUCAACAGGAUACAAGCUUUAGAUCAAUUAGGUGUUGAUCGCCAAAGGCUGGGAAGGUAUGCUGUUGAAUCAUACCUCGAACAGAUUCUGUCUCAUGGUUUCUUCCAUGCCGACCCUCAUCCUGGUAAUAUAGCUGUUGAUGACGUGAAUGGUGGAAGGCUAAUAUUUUAUGAUUUCGGAAUGAUGGGAAGCAUAAGCCCAAACAUCAGAGAAGGUUUGUUGGAAGUUUUUUAUGGAGUUUAUGAGAAGGAUCCAAACAAGGUACUUCAAGCAAUGGUCCAAAUGGGUGUUCUUGUGCCUACUGGAGACAUGACAGCUGUCAGAAGAACUGCACAAUUCUUCCUUAAUAGCUUUGAAGAACGCCUUGUGGCACAAAGGAAGGAGAGAGAGUUGGCAACAGCAGAACUUGGAUUUAAGAAACCGUUGAGCAAAGAGGAAAAAGUAGAGAAGAAAAAGCAGCGUCUAGCUGCAAUUGGGGAGGAUCUAUUAGCUAUUGCAGCAGACCAACCAUUCAGAUUUCCUGCCACCUUCACCUUUGUUGUGAGAGCUUUUUCAGUGUUAGAUGGUAUUGGGAAGGGUCUUGACCCCCGUUUCGAUAUAACUGAAAUCGCGAAACCCUAUGCUCUGGAACUGCUAAGGUUUCGUGAAGCUGGUAUUGAAGUGGUCAUCAAGGAUUUCAAAAAGAGAUGGGAAAGACAAUCACAAGCAUUUUACAACUUAUUUAGACAAGCGGACAGGGUUGAGAAACUUGCUGAAGUCAUUGAGCGAUUGGAGCAAGGUGAUUUGAAGUUACGAGUUCGAGCAUUAGAGUCAGAGAGGUCCUUUCAACGUGUUGCUGCUGUUCAGAAAACAAUUGGAAGUGCUGUAGCUGCUGGAAGCCUAGUAAACCUGGCAACUAUUUUAUAUCUCAAUUCAAUCAGAGGUCCUGCUACGAUAUCAUAUCUCUUUUGUGCAUUUUUCGGUAUCCAAGUUCUCUUUGGCCUGCUGAAGGUCAAAAAACUCGAUCAGCGGGAGAAAUUGAUUACUGGAACAGCUUAAACAAAUUAUUGAAACACUUUUUAUGUUGUCCUUGAUACACGUUCAUCAUGACCUAACCUCCAAAAAGAAAGCUACAGAGUUUUGUAGACAAAUGGUAAGCAUUCCAAGAACUCCAAUUUAGAGUUUUGUGGUGAAAAACUUGUAAGGUAUCAUAAAGUUUUCUUUUCUACUUUUUAGGCUAGUUUUGGUUGAUCAUAGAAGCUUCUGAGCCCAAGUGUCUAAACUUGAACCAUGUUCAUAGAAGGUUCUAAUACUCGGGGUGUGGCGACGACUGUCACAAGCCCUAUUGUAGAUAUGUAUCUCCGUUAAAGGGCCUUGUUCGACUUUAUGGUCAAUUUUCUUUGAUCACGGGAUGUGGACUUCCCUUCGGUAUAUGUGUAAUGUUGUAAUACGGUGUAAAAGUGUAAGGGUAAUAUUUUAUGUUAAUAAAGGUUUUAAUGAAUUUGUUUCAUGAAA